UUCAAAAUGGCUACUGGCUGGGGUAAGAAUGCUGCUGACUGGUACAGAGGGAUUGCAUUAAUCUGUUACAGCUACAGCACAGGCCCGAUUUAAAUGUUAUUUUGACCAAACCUUCCUCAAAACAGUAUGCUGUUUUUGUGGGUCUGCCAGAUUAAAAGCUACAGACUACAAAACAUGGUCACGCUCUCAAAGAACAACGAAGACUGGGAGCUCAGACGUCCGAGGUGGCGACGCUGCAGGAUUUUAUGUCGGAAGCUGUAACUAGCUUCGCGGAGGGUAAAUGAAAUGGAAACAGCAGAACAUGGAGAUGUGGUUCUUGUUUUGCCGGUUGAUGUCAACGAAAAUGAAGACGCAGGUAAAUCUUACGGUUCACAUGCCGACUGUAAUAUAAUAGCAACGUCUCGCCCAUUGGACGACAACAGAAGCCGAGUAUGCACGGCGGAUGAUUGUCGAACGGGGAAGGGUUAUGUUUAUAUAGCCAGCACUGGGAAGAAUCCAAUCGUAGACUGUGUCGUGUUACCAUCGCAGAACGUCCGAGUUGGGAAUACAAUAAUGCGGGAUUUGGUUGCAGAGUGUCUUCCCACUCAGAUGAAUGAAAGCUGUGUAAUUUCAGACUUGUGCAACGACCCACCACACCCGAACGACCACAGACCUAAUGGAUUUACUGAGUCAUCGGUUCAGCUGAUGGUCGGGUCGGAAGCUGACGGAGGGGGGAGCUGGGGGCCCUUUUCCUGCUCAGACACAGCUGCAAGAGCCUACAGACACGAGGAGGGGAACGGAAUGUUACUGCAACUGGGUCAUGUUUCACAGCGGGGAAAACUCCUGGAUUAUGUGUCAGAAACUCAAGAUUCCAACUCGGGUACACCGAAGGAGGGAUAUUCUAAUUUGGAGCCAGGGCCACAGCCUCAAUCUCUCUCUCCAUUGUCAUGUAGGCCUACAGACAACCAUCAACAUAAUUACACUUGCACAGACUCUGCUGAUUCGGACAUGAAGAUGGCCAACGGGGAUAUGGAUUGUUAUUUAUCAAAUGAUGAUUGGUCUACAGAUGUGGAUACUGAUUAUUGUAGCCAGAUGGACACAUCCAACAGACUGUUAUGCCAAGGACUUGACUGCUCUGUCACGGAAGUAAGUGUACAAUAUGCAGGCCACCAUUUGCUAAACAGUGAAGCAACAUGUGAUUUUGAUGCUGUUUCCUCAGAAAGAACCACAAAUGUUCCUUUCGAUGUCGUUGUGGUGCACGCUUCUAAUUUGCAGCGCCAAAACACCCAGUCAUCACCUGCGGUAUGUGAGAGAAACAGCGGGGGGUUGAGGCAUGGCAGCCCAGAGGGAGCUCCCCCAGGUGCUGCCAAGCCCCCCGACGCAGCGAGCAGUGUUCCGGACUCUGAGGGUGUCCCCUCAGAAUCUAGUGCCAAACUCCCAUCUCCCUGUCCAUCAACACUUUCUGAAAACACCAGCAAAAGUCCAAACACAGAGCCCAGCACGAGAGAGGAUUUGAGUGAGUGCAGUCUCACAGCUAGGCCUCUCAGCCUCAGGACCAACCCAAACAUCACAGUCUCUCUCAGCUGUGACGCCACCCCUCUCAGCCCGGAAGAUGGGGACAUGUUUUUCGGAGAUGAGGGGGGCGCUGGCGGCUCUAGAAACACUUAUGAUAUCGGUCGUCGUCAAAGUGCCCCAGAAAAACUCCCAGACGGGUCGACAGCUCUGUCCUCCUCUUCUAAGAAGUUUGGAAUCUCAGAUUUUUUCACCAGGAACCUGUUUUCUAGGAAGCCCAAAGAGCCCAAGCCACCUUCCCAGAAUGCUCCUGGGUGGAGGUUGUUUGGAAAGGUCCCCCUGAGGGAGAACACUACUAAAGAUCCCAAAGACUCCUUCACCAUCCAGCAGGAGUACCAGGUAAAGGUUGGACCAGCUCCAGGCCCCCAGGUCCAGCUCUCUGCAGCGCGGAGGAAGAACCUGGAGUUUGAGCCGUUGUCCACCACAGCUCUGAUACUAGAGGACAGGCCAGCGAACCUUCCUGCCAAGUCUGUUGAGGAGGCCAUGCGUCACAAACAGGAGUAUGAAGAGAUGGUGGCAGGAGCCAAGAGGAGAGAGCUGAAGGAGGCCCAGAGGAAGAAGCGUCAGAUGAAGGAGAGGUUUAAACAGGAGGACAUCAUCGCCAACGCCAUGGUCAUCUGGAACAAUGACGUCCUGCCCAACUGGGACUGCAUGCAUAACACGCGUCGGGUCAGAGAGCUGUGGUGGCAGGGCCUUCCUCCUAGCGUCCGAGGACGAGUCUGGAGCCUGGCCAUCGGCAACGAGCUCAACAUCACCCCCGAGUUGUUUGAGAUAUUUCUGUCUCGGGCCAAGGAGAGGUGGAGGACCUUCAGUGAGACCAGCUCUGAAAACGAAACAGAGGACUCUGGAUCACUGCAGGCGGAUAGAGAGUCAAGUCUGGACCUGAUUAAGCUGGACAUCUCCAGGACCUUCCCCUCUCUCUUUAUUUUUCAGAAGGGUGGGCCCUAUC